AUGUAUUAUCGGCACAGAGAGUGCAGGAGGCGGGCAAAGGAAGUGCGAAACGUGCUGCAGACGCAAAGCCGGGAGAUAUUUGAAGGAGAGGCACAUGCUUUUGAGACCAAGGAUCACGCUUUGCAGCAAGCUCCUGCUCAGGCACCUGUUCAGGUGGCCGCUUGCGAUGCUGCAUUUGAGGCCGUGUCAAAUGUAGGUGGGCUGAGCGAAGCGGGGGAAGACUCCUUCAAAGAUUGCAUAGCGUCUGUGCGCGCUGCACUUCAGUCAGUUCCCCCGCCUAAAGUGCUGUCAACUAUGUCUGCCUCGUCUUUGGGCCAUCUUCAUGAGCAGUUGCGGGAGCUGUUGGUGGACGCGGUGAUUGCAGUAGCGCCUCCAGAGUGUGUGGCCGCUGCUGCUUCCGAGGGGUUCUCUCUGCCUCCUCCUGCAGCAGCUCUGGCGGCAUCCCCCCUUCCUUGGUGGAGCAGUGGGGGUGGCCUUCAGCCCUGGCGAGGAAGGAAGGAGAGCUGGGCGCAACAGAGCCGCCGCGUGAACUGGGCGAGCCCCAAAAGGGUCGUGGAGCCGAUUGUUGCGGGGGUUUUGCUGCCGAGGGAGGCAGUUGCAGUGGUGGCUGCAGAACGUAGCGCGCGCAACAGGGAGCUCCUAGAGUCUAUUCGCUCUUUUUUGUUUGCCUCUAGCACCGGUUCUGGAGGACAGACUGAUGCGCCGCCCUCACCGACGGCAGUAACUCACCAUCGGGCAGCGCCUUGUGAUGCUUCUGCUGCAGUGCCGGCAGCUCCGUGGUUUGUCCAGGCAGAAGAGGAGCGCCUGCAGCGCCUCUUGCUGUGGGAUGGCGGCCGGUCAAAAGAACAAAGAAACGCUACCAAGUGCAGCAACAGCAGCAGCUGUAGAAGCAGCAGCAGCGCGCGCCCGACGUCGGCGCGUUGGCUGUGUGGGGAGGCAGAGGAGGGCGCGGGCCAAGAGACAAGGGUUGAAGGCUCUGCUGGAUACCAGCAGGUGGUCCGUGGGAAAGGUGCUGCUGUGCGACGGGCAUUGGGAGCUGCUAUCGAUGUGGCGCUGCUGCUGUCGGAGGCGACUGUCACCAAGAAGAGUGGGGCUGCCGCGCCCUUUUCCUGGGAGUCGCCCUUCUUGCGGUCCUCAUCAUCCUCCAGAAGGAGGAGGAGGCGACAACGCGGCCGCCCACCACCCGAGCAAAGGCUGCCAAGUCGGCAGGCUAGGCGUGUGGCCAACAAAGACAAGCGUAUGGCUCGCCAGCGAGCUAGCGACCUAGCUGGAUAG